AUGGGGCCAAAGCGAGGGGGAGCGGGCCCUCCCGGCGCGCUCUGCCUCGGCGCGGCGCUCUGCGGGAUCGUCAGCUUCGGCCUCUUGACCGCGGCCAUCGGCACCGACUACUGGUACUUGGUGCGUGUGGACUUGGCUGGGAGGCCCAACCGCAGCGCUUGGGAGGCAGAGCAGCUGAGUUCGCACUCCGGGCUCUGGCGUCUCUGCGAAGGGCAGAAUGCCUGUGUGCCCUUGAUUGACCCAUUUGGCCCACAAAGUUGGCAAGUUCCAACAUCCCUGCAGCAUCUUAUCUGCAUGCACCGAGCCUUUGUGGUCCUACUGCCCCUCAGUCUCACCUUGAUGGUUUUUGGCUGGAUCUGCGGGAUCAUCGGUUCCUUGGCUCGCAGCUCCUGGGUUCUCCUGUUCACAGGCUGUUAUUUUCUGUUGGGCGCACUGCUGACCCUGUCAGGGACCAGCAUCUACAUCAGCUACUCCAGGGCAGCUUUCAUUGGGACCGUGCGCCUGUUUGGCCAGCUGCACUUUGAGCACGUCCACGUUGCUUUUGGCUGGUCCCUGGCACUCGCCUGGCUCUCUUUUGGCACCGAGGGGCUGGCUGGCAUCCUGCUCCUCCUGGCUGCUUGGGGGCUUCACCUGAAGCCAGAUGUGUGCUCAGUGGUUAUCUGAUCCUGGGAGAGGAUGGGAAGGGGGAGUGCAGCGUUGGCAGGGAUAUGUGACGAAAUCCUGCCGUGCGUGGUCCCUUCCUAAUUCUGACAGUGUUCUCUACUGUUCUGCAGCUAUAACAUCCUUACAUGAACCACAGGGU